AUGUCCGCGGAACCUCUUUCCAUGUUCUUCGAUGAGGAUUUCGAACCUUCAAACUAUGUAGAUGCACUCUUUAGUUCGGUAAUCAAGAAUAACUCCACGUCGACUAAUUCGCAAUCAGGUUCUACGAUAGUGGCAUCUUCACCGUUGGCGUUAUCUUCUCAAGUAUAUAACGAAAAGACGCUCCAUGCUCUUCAAAACAAAUGCUCAAACCUUGUGAGUCACCUCGACUACUAUACCAAUGAACUUUUCACGCAAUUGUCUGAGAAAUUGGAAUCUUUGAAAGACAGCGCUUCGAUAGUUUCCUCCGGAGUAGCAUAUCUGGAAAGCAAUGACGAUAACAGCAUGACAAGGUUACAAUAUUACAUAAAAUCUAUGAAUAACGCAGUAAGUAGUUUACAACAAGAAGUUCAGGCUACGAUAGAUAAGCCUAAGCCAACGCCAGAAGUAAAAUCGCAAAGUUCUCUGACCCUGUUAUCUUCAUUAUCACUUGCAAAAGGAGCUGCUGAUGAAGAUCCCAUUACUAAACUCUCUCAGUUGAGAGAAGUUAAGUUAAAAUUAGAAGGCGUACUUGGUAUCUUUGAAAGAAUAUGGAAGGAAAUACAGCCUGACUCAGUAAACAAUAACGACUCUUAUGCAGUGGUUACUAUCGAACAAUUUACUCAUAGAAUGAUAAGUAUACAUGAAAAAUUGACCAAUGAAGCUGUUUCAGCAGAGUCUGGCUCAACAUCAGAAUUAACUAAGGAUGAUAUAAUAAAAUAUACGGAUAACUUGAGCUCGGUGUUACCCUUGUUCCAAGGAACCUCAUUCCAUCCAAUCUUUAAAGAGUAUAUAACGAAGAUUUUGGCGGAGGAGGAGAAGCAUUUGGGAAGAAAGAUUUAG